AUGGAGGCGCCACGCUGUGGAGUUCUCUUACUGUUUCUUCAUAUUCUGAGAGCUGUUGCAGCACUGGAGGAAAAGUUCAUCAUCAGUAAACUUGGAGACAAUGCUAAACUGAGUUGCGUUUAUCCUCUAGGAGGAAAAUUCCACUUAAAUAAUCUACGAGUAUAUUGGCAAGUAGCUGACGACCAAGAAAAGUGUUCAGUAGUACAUGCACUGAUCUCUGGUCAAGACAAUGAAAGUGAACAGUGUAUUCACUUUAAAAACAGGACUCAAUUAUUGUGGGAUAGAUUGGAAAAUGGUAACUUUUCUCUGCUACUGUUAAACGUCAGCCAGAGUGAUGAACGUACAUACAAAUGCAUAGUACUGCAGAAAACUGAGUAUACCAGAGUGAUUCACCAGGAAGUAGUAGUUCUCAGUUUAGCAGCUAGUUACAGCCAGCCAGUACUCAGCGGGCCAAUAAGAAAUACCAACAGCAGUGGGGAAGAGGAGGUGACUUUCAGCUGCAGAUCCAGCAAUGGAUAUCCAGAACCAAAUGUUUAUUGGAUAAAUAAAACAGACAACAGACACCUGCCUCCAUCAGAAUUAAAGAUCACCCCCCACGCAGAUGGCACUUUCAGUGUUUUUAGCACACUGAAGAUUAAAGCAACUUCUGAUAUGCAGAUAGAGUGCUCCAUAGAAAACAAACUACUACAGGAAAAUCUAUCAGCCAACUAUACACAGGAAAAGGCGAACAACUAUUCUAACACAGAAAGUCAAAAAGACCUGGGACAAAAAACACGAGGUGCUCAAGCAGCCGGCAUCGUUUCCGUUGUCAUUCUGAUAGCUAUUCUAGCUGUUUUUGCCUGCUGGCUACGGGGAUGGAGGCCCUCUCAACUAAUGUCACACCAAGAUGUCCCGCUAAAUGAAGACAAAGGAGAGUUCAACUGCAACACAUCCUAGAAGGUCUUCAGCUGGGACACAUGAACAUCAUUUGCUUCACGUCCAUGAGCCUGAGCCUAAUUACACCGCAUUUAAAAAAAAAAAAAAAAAAAAGUACUAAACAUUCUCCUUUCCUAGUGGAAAGAAAGGAAAAGCAGUUUAGACCUUCAGCAUGUUCAUGUUUUUAUAAGCAAGGCCAGCAGCUAGUUUAACAAUUCAUUUCUCCAUUCAUAGUUUGAGGGGAAAUAAAGUCAGAACAAAACAAAUGUAAGAAAAUUUGGAAAAACAAACUCAGCGUGGAGGAGUUGUAAGAGCACAGAGAGGGUGAAAUAUCUGCUUAUUUCAUAUCUCGUUUGGUAGUUUCUACUGAGGCACAUGACUGUUUCCUAGGGGGUCUCUGCAGAACAGGCAGAAAAUGCGAUGGCUCCACCAAAACCGUAAACAGUGAGAGCAACAGAAAGGAGAGUCUGCCUUAGCAGAUGCUGUGCAUGCACCGAAUUCGUAAUAGCAAACGGAGACAGAAUGACUCUUAGAUUAAAAAACAAUUGGAAUUUAUUUCGUGGUCAUGCAAACUGGGUGAAUGGUCAGUUGUUUUCCAGACUCAUCACACCGUUCCAGUCUCAUCCCUAGCUGUUUGUUUGCUUAACAUCAACAGCCUGUUUCCUGUGUGGUGUAACAUAGUAAGAAGAAUGGCUUUUCCCCUUCAGAUAAGGAGACAUCCUCUCCUUCCGUUCCCGUGAGCUAUAUUAACAUAAAACUGGCCAUUUGUUUAAGGUCAAUUUUUUCCUCUCCUAACUUAGGCCAAGCCCUCUUUAAUUAGAUCCCUGGACCUAGCCCAUAAGUAGAAAAACCUCUGUGAUAUAAAUAAGAAUAAAUAUUUAUUUUAUAUUGAAGGUUGCUCUAGCUUGAUUUGUUUGUUAACAACAAAAUGAAGAUGCUCUCCCUCCAGACACUAUCCUUUCCUUGGCACGUUUCUGCACUAGUUACGGAAGAGGAGGUGGGACACCAGUUUUAGAGGGUUUGUUGCUAUCAGAAACUGUCCCACCCAUGAGGAUUGUUUUCUGCCAAGAGAGCCUAUAAGGCAUGGGAGGCAGUAUAACCCUAAAUCCUUUGGGCAUCCAAAUUCAAGGACAAGUUGGGCCAAAGCCAGAGAAAUGAGAAAGAUCUGGGGAAUGCGAUCUCUAAUGAAAGGCUGGUUGCGUUUGUUUGCUUAGGCUUGGAAAGGAAAGGUUGAGUAGGGACACAAUAACAACCCUCUUCAGAGAAUCUGCAAAGAGAUGAGAAGUCAUUUCUUGUCCCAACCUAGUAGACGCAUCACUUUAGCAUACAACAGGCUUAAACUAUAACUAGGGAAGUUUAAGUUAGAUGUUAGAAAAAAUAACCUUUCUAAGGGUAAUGGUAGCUGAGCAGCAAGGUAGAGAGUCUGUCAAGUCUCCAGCACUUUAGGUUUGUUGCUCUUGUUUUGUUGUUUCUUAACAAAAGAAGAAGAAGGUAUCUGUUAGAGAUGAUGUAGAAAUAGCUGGUGCCACCUUGGGGCAAAAAGAUGGGCUCUUCCUUCUCCAAGUUAUGAUACUGGAGAAAUUCUGGUUCAGUUCAGUGAUUUCUUGAGAUUUUUCAAGGGAGUGGUGGGUGGUAGAUAGGGAGUAACACGGGGUCACACCCUCAAGGACAGGCUGCCAUAGCAUUCUGUUUUUCAGUACUGAUGUAAAUACGUUUCCGCUUUUAGCGGUUUGACUCUGUGAAGAAGGUCAGAUUGUUUAACGGGGGGAAAAUCCUAAAUACUGCAAAAACAAGAAGAGCCAACUGAGACUAACUUUGCUGUUACGAAGAGAAGAGGUUUAGAAACUGUGGGGAAGGCAAGUCAGAAAGAGUAACUUCAUCCUCUUGAGGCUGGACUCCGCAGAUGCCUAUUACAGUCAGUGAGACAAUACGCUCCUGUGAGGAGGAAUUUGGAGCCAGAGCUACUGUUGCUGUUCUGAAUUGCUUUCUGGGAGAAUCCCUCCACUGACUCUUGAGGAGCCUCGAGGAAGCUGGUUUCCCCUCAACCAGGGACAGGCUUUAUGUAUCUCUUUAUUUAGGAGAAACUUAAAACAAACCAAUGGCAACACUGACCUUCCUUCACUUGGAAAUGAAGGUUGCCAGGAGAGCACUUUUUGCAUUUGCGUAAAAAGAGGCACUUGAAAUUUAUAGCAUGAGCACCGAGGCAGCCUUUGCCUAGGCAGAGUGCCAUGCAGACGCAGGAGUUCACCCCCAGGCUGAUUUUUCUCAUAGCAGCAUGAGCUUUUAUCAAAAGUGGAAGUCCCCCUUUUGGUAGAAUAUUCAGUAGAGAAUAAAACGUUAGUAUCAAGGGCAUUUAAAGAUGGCUUCCUAAUGUUAAUACAUUCAGUGUUUAACCCUGUCACAGCGACUCUUACUUUUGUAGGACUGGAUCUCUCUCUCUAUAUAUCUUUUAUGUAUCUUUAUAGAUAUCUAUCUUUUUAUAUAACUUUGCAGCUUAUUCUGCUGAUUAUGUAGGAAAAGCACAACUCUAGCAUCUGUAAUUUCUGUUUUGUAAAGAAAAGUUAUUUUGU